AUGACCUUUCAGGCUUCCGACUCUCAAGUCGUACAGAAUGGGGGCCUCGCGCCGGCUUCCGUUUUCAAUUCACCGUGGGAACCCGCAGUCGCAAAACCCCCAACUGCCAUCGAAUCCUGUCUACAUGAGUUGGUUGAGCAGCGCUGUGAGGAACAGCCAGAAGUACCUGCAGUGUGUGCAUGGGAUGGCGAAUUCACCUAUCGGCAACUCAGCAACCUAGCUCGUUCACUCGGCGCGUCGCUGUCGGCUCGGGGUGUCAGCCCAGAAGACUUUGUGCCUAUUUAUUUUGAGAAGUCCCGGUGGGCGAUCAUUGCGAUCCUGGGUGUCUUGUAUGCCAGAGGCGCCUUUGUACUACUCGACCCAUCGCAACCAUUACAGCGGCUCAAGGAAAUUUGCCAAACAUUCAAGGCGCCGUUGGUGGUAGCCUCAUCCCAAAAUGCGUCCCAAGCUGGCCAGCUUGCGCCCGAUGUGGUGGUCCUGCACAAAGAAAGAGGGCAGGGAAAGCAGGGUAUGGCUCCAGGGGCAGCUAGUCGUUCUAAGCCAAGCAACGCCGCCUAUGCCAUGUUUCCCUCCGGGAGUACAGGUGCCCCUACAGGCGCUGUGAUCGAACAUCGAUCUAUCUCAUCUUCGAUCGUCGAUCACGGUAACCGAUUAAACCUCACCCGGACAUCGCGAGCACUGCACUUUGCUUCUUACGCUUUUGAUGUCUGCCUCACUGAAACCCUCGCCGUGCUAGUCCACGGAGGGUGUAUAUGUAUUCCAUCUGAAGUGGAACGACGGGGUGACCUUGCCACUGUGAUACGACGUCUGCGAAUCAAUUGGGCUUUGCUCAUGCCAUCCAUGGCUCGCUCAUUGGAUCCCAAGACCCUGCCGACGCUCGAGACUCUAGUAUGUGCCGGGGAAGCCCUGACCGCACAAGAUAGAGAUCGUUGGGCUCCUCAUCUGAAAUUAUUCAACGCCUAUGGACCCACUGAGUGCAGUAUCUUUGCCUGCGUCCAUGCCGUUCCCGAGGCAGCGGACUUGCCCAUCAGAGUAGGGCUUCCGGUUGGUGGAAGCUGCUGGAUUGUGGAUGAGAGGGACGUUCAACGCCUUUGCCAGGUAGGCAAAGGUGCGGAGCCAACACAGCUGCCGGCUUCGUCGACCGCCCCGACUGGCUGCGAAAGAUAUGGCCAAGUGUGCAGGGCAAAGGUUUAUAGGACUGGUGAGCUCGCGCGCUGUCAUGUAGAUGGCUCCAUUGAGCGUCUUGGUUGCAGGGAUAGCCAGCUAAAAAUCGCUGGCCACCAAAUGGAAGCGGUCGAGAUUGAAUACCAUGUGCGCUCACAUCCUUCGAUCAUGGAUGCCGCAGUGGAAGUGAUACAACCAAGGGAUGCGCUCGAAUCGCCCCUUUUGGUCGCAUUCGUGGUACGUCAGACCAGGAGUCCCGGGGCUUCUCAAGCAACCACUUCCGAAAGUGAGCUGGUGGUCCCAGAUGGGGAUUUUCAGACACUAGUUCAGCAAGUAAAAUUCAAGCUGCGACAUGUUCUCCCCGGCUACAUGGUUCCCACGGUUUUCCUGACGAUAUCUUCCAUGCCACUGAGUACCAAUGGCCAACUGGAUCGCCGAAGCCUACGUCAGCUUGGAAACUACAAAACUCAACGCGACUUGCUCAAGCUAGGUCUGGAGACAACAGCGAAGAUACCGCCGCGAAACCCUAAGGAAACAUUAAUGCAGCGACUGUGGGGAGAGGUACUACAAAUGCCUACCGAGCGUAUUGGCAUCGAAGAUAACUUCUGGAGCCUAGGUGGAGAUUCCAUACAGUUUAUGAAGCUAUCAGGCAUGGAUCAUCUCCCGUCGGAAGAAGUACCAGCCUUCUCGCUUUGUAAGAGUGAGAGUGAAAUAAUGGAGGUGGCGCACACCCUGGGCAAGUUUCAGGUAAAGCAGGACGACAUUGAGGACAUCUACCCUUGUACUCCGCUACAGGAGGGCCUAAUCGCGGUAGCCCUGAAACACUCAGGCGCGUACACCAUGUCUAUGGAAUUCGAGCUGCCCAUCAACAUCGAUAUCAACAAAUUCCGCCGCGCUUGGCAAGCAACAGUGGAAGCCAACCCAAUCCUGCGAACGCGCAUCGUGCCGGGGAAAGAAGCAGAACUUUGGCAGGCCGUCAUCCGGGAUGUCAUUCCAUGGGACAUAAGGAAUCCGAGUGAGGAUGUCCCCCCAAUGUGGAAGGACUGGAAGACAGGACAGCGAUUGAUUAGAUUGGCGUUGAGUGAUCCGACAACCCCAAACACGCCUCGCCAUUUCACACUGCUCAUGCACCAUGCACUGUUUGAUGCCUGGGGAAUUCCAUUAUUGCUGCAACAAGUGGAAGCAGCCUACAGAGGGGAGAUAUUCCAGAGCGAUAUAGACCGUUAUUGGACAGAGUGCCUAUCAGACCUGAACGCGGUCCCUUUCCCCAAAUUACCGUCCCCGGAUUAUGUUGCGAAGCCUACAAAAACGAUUGCAUAUGUUAUUCCGCUUGCAGCGGCCUGGCAUACCGAACAACAAAUAACUCUGCCGACUAAGCUCCUACUUGCGUGGGGCCUCCUAGUAUCUCACCACACAGAGAGUUGGGGUGUAGUUUUCGGGCUAACAGUUGCCGGCCGUGGUGCGCCAGUUGAGGGCAUUGAGUCCAUGAUCGGACCCACCAUCGCCAGCAUUCCCAUGCGACUGCUUCUUGAUCCCCAAGCGACCGUGAUCGAAAUCUUGAAGAAUGUACAGGCGCACUCACGCCGGACCAUGUCUGUAGAGCAGGUCGGGCUUCAGCGCAUCAGGCUUCUGGACGCCGAGUCCGCCGCUGCCACGCAGUUUCAGAGCCACCUAGUCAUCCAAGCCGAUGAAGGCGAGCACCGACACCCGCCUAUGUUUUCUAAACUUCAUGAUCUCACUGAGUUAACCGAAACCGCUUCUUCUGGUAUUACCAUAGUCGCUAAGCCAUCCUCGACCUCUGUGGCGCUUGAUAUCGCCUAUGACCCGCUGAUGGUCACUGAUGUGCAUAUGAAGCGACUGAUUCAUCAGUUGGAGCAUAUCUACCAGCAAAUUCAGCAGACACCUAACGCUCGACUAGAAGAUAUCGAGAGCAUCAGCACAUGCGACAUGGCCGAGUUGCGGAAGUGGAAUGGCCAACCCCCAGCACUGGUCGAACAGUGUGCGCACGAGCUGAUCUAUCAACGUACGCUGGCUCAGCCUAAAGCGCCCGCCGUCUGCGCGUGGGAUGGCGAGUUCUCAUACCAGGAACUCGAAACACAUGCAGAAAAUGUGGCAAGACGCUUAGUAUCCAUGGGUGUUGGUCCUGAGACCUUCGUUCCCCUGUAUUUCGAGAAGUCGCGGUGGACGACUGUCGCCAUGCUGGCCAUUUUGAAAGCCGGCGGUGCUUUCGCCUUGUUCGACCCCUCGCAUCCCAUGGAUCGAUUGCAACAAUUAUGUCAGGAGAUGCGCGCUUCUACUCUGCUCUGCUCGGAAGCCAAUGCUCCUUCUGCUAGUCAAUUGGGACCAUUACAUACUGUCAUCCUCGGGUCCCACCAUAACGAGCUGGUGACCGCCGAAAGUCCCGUGAACGCUAGUCCGGCCACUCCAAGUAAUGCCAUGUAUCUGGUAUUUACCUCGGGGUCAACAAGAAAGCCGAAAGGGGCUGUGAUUACUCAUGGUAGCUGGUGCACAAUGGCGCAGGCAAUAUGCCCCAAAUACUACCUCAGCCCAGAGUCUCGAGUGCUGCAGUUUUCCGCCUAUGCGUUUGAUACGAGUAUAUUUGACCACCUCGCGACACUAGUUGCUGGUGGCUGUAUAUGUGUUCCGUCUCAACAAGACUGUCUAUCGAAUCUUACGGGUGCUAUUGCAGACCUUAAGACUAAUUGGGCUAUGAUAACGCCUACUGUCGCUCGUACCUUGAACGCUCAGACAUCUCCCACGUUGAAACACCUUUUGCUGGCUGGAGAGGCCGUGACCCCAGCUGAUGCUGAGCAGUGGUCUCCAUACUUGCACCUCAUGAAUUGUUAUGGUCCGGCUGAAUGUGCAAUACUGAUGACCGUGCAGCAGGUGGUAGACCCAAAGCAGUCAACUAAUAUUGGCCUUGCUACUGGGGCGGUGGGAUGGGUUGUCAAGCCCUCGAAUGUCAAUCAGCUAUGCCCUAUCGGUGCCGUUGGAGAGCUGAUAGUUGAAGGCCCGACUAUUGCACGGGAGUAUCUAAACCAACCGGAAAAGACGGCUGCGGCAUUUCCAGACAGCGUCCCCUGGCUGUGCACAUUCCGCGCUAGUCCGUGCAGAUUGUAUAGAACCGGAGAUCUCGUGCAGUAUAACGAUAAAGGGGAGUUUAUAUUCAUCGGCCGCAAAGAUACGCAGGUCAAGCUGCGAGGACAGCGAAUGGAGAUGGGAGAGGUGGAAUAUCACCUACACCGCUGCUUUCCUGGGGCUCAGGGAGUAGUUGCUGACGUCCUUCCUUCAAAAGACGGGCGAGCUGCUUUUCUGGCCGGGUUCGUUGUGCGCACGCCAUCAAUUGGAGCUAACUCCAGCUUGAUUGUGGAGAGUGACGCGAGCUUCUCAAAAGCAGCAGCUAUUGCCCUUUCUGGAAUGAAACAGCACCUCCCAUCAUACAUGGUCCCGGCGGUUCUGAUCCCCCUCAGUCGUCUGCCUGUUUCUGCAACGGGUAAAUUGGAUCGGGGCGUCCUGCAAGCACAUGCAGCGCUAUUGACUUCCGAACAGCUUGAUAAGUUCAGAAUGGCAGAGAAAGCUCCAAUCCGAGGGCCAGAGACUCACACCCAGGCGGUACUGCGGCAAGUUUACGGGGUCGUUCUUUCAAUUCCCGAGGACCGGAUCGGGAUUAAGAAUGACUUCUUCCGAAGGGGUGGUGAUUCCUUGUCUGCCAUGAAAUUGGCUACGCUCGCACGAAAGUCGGGGUACUCUUUGACCGCGGAAGAUAUCUUCACUAGACCACGUAUAAUCGACCUCGCAGCGACGAAAAGCAUGGCCAAUGUCACGCACAGCGACGAUAAAGUGCCACCACUCACUCUCAUCUCAGAUUUACAGGUACAAGAGCAAAUUAUAUCAGCGCUGCAGACCCAGGCUGGAGUGGCCAGAGUUCAGAUUGAGGACCUGUACCCAUGCACCCCGUUGCAAGAAGGCCUUAUGGCGUUGACUUUGAAGACUCCCGGAAAAUAUGUUGCAACAUUCGUCUAUGACCUUGUAGAAAAUGUCGAUUUGGAUCUUCUCCAAGCGGCGUGGAAUGCAACUUGUGUUGCAAACCCUAUUCUCCGUACACGACUGACACAGGGCUCGGGAGGCAGCUUUCAGGUCGUUAUGCAAGAGGCACCAUGCUGGGAGAAAUAUAGCACACAGCAGGAUUACCAAAGCCGCUCUGUGCCUGCAGUAAUGGGUCUCAACGUACGCUUGCUUCGUCUUUCAUUGAUAGCUAGUCCUCCUCGUCUUGUCAUGACUAUCCACCAUGCCCUCUACGAUGGCUGGUCCCUGUCUCUCAUUUGGGACCAGGUCGAGGCUGCCUACCGCGGACAAAGUCUUCAGCCCCGGCCAUUCUCACCGUUCAUUCGCUACCUCCACCAACAACAGGAUGACUCCGCUUCGACUUCCUUUUGGCGGUUUCAAUUUGAAGACCUCAAAGCAGCUGUAUUCCCAGCUCUCCCACAUCCAACUUACGAACCGAUACCGAAUCAGGCCAUCCAUCGGCGACAUUCCAUGAGAACCGAUGUUCAGCUGGAUUUCACUAUUCCCACGGCCAUCCAGUUGGCAUGGGCAAUCGUUAUGUCCUAUUAUACGGACUCAGUCGAUGUCGUGUUUGGACUAACUCUCAAUGGGCGCACCGCAGCCGUGUCUGGCAUCGACCAGUUCACGGGGCCGACUGUCACAACCGUCCCAUUUCGCUAUGAGGCGCGCCAGAUUCAACACCACGGCGCUCUGAUAGCCCAAGUUCAGAGCGAGCAUCUGAAUUUAGGGGAUUUUGCAAGCUACGGUUUUGUUCUUUCUUGUAAUAAAGUUGCGGAGGUGGAUGGCUAUCUGGAUAUCGUGGCCCAGUAUGACCCGAGCAUGUUGGAUGUGCACCAGGCCCAGAGGAUGGUCAUUCAAUUUGAGCACAUUCUUGACCAAGUCCUCUUUCACCCGGACAUGUCUCUACGGAGUCUCUCAGCAGUUAGCGAUCAUGAUUGGGAAAGAUUGGCCCGCUGGAAUGCUACACUGCCAUCGCCAUUAGAGCGCUGCUUGCAUGACUCCGUUUUGGACCAUGUAAUGUCGCGUCCGUCUGCCUUAGCGGUGUGUGCCUGGGAUGGGGACUUGACUUUCGAAGAGUUAGCCUCCUCCCUUGUGCUGGCGCAAGUACUCGGUCUUCAGGCGGGAUCAGUUGUGCCUAUCAGUCUAAAUAGAUCAAAGUGGUCGGUCAUCAGCAUCAUGGCCGUUUUGCGUGCUGGAGCAACCGCUGUUUGCAUUGAUCCUAAGCUUCCAACUGAGCGGCUGCAGAGUAUACUCGAUCAGACACAGCCUGGAAUAGUCAUUUGCUCGGAAGAGACGAAGGGUCAAUUAAAAGGACAUUCUGCGGCCACUGUACUAAUUGUACCCUUCCAGAUGCAAGUGCAUGGGCUUGGCUCGGCUUCUGUCGAGCAGCCCUCGGUGAGCCCCGUCUCCCCGGCCUUUAUUGUCUUUACCUCCGGCUCCACCGGGCGACCCAAGGGCAUAGUGAUGGAGCAUCGGAAUCUGUCGACGAGCAUUCAAUAUCACAGUGACGCACUGAACAUAACCAAGAGUAGUCGGAUGCUUCACUUUGCGUCAUAUGCCUUCGAUGCUAGCAUUUAUGAGAUAUUCACGACACUCGUCACCGGAGGAUGUGUCUGUAUACCGUCUGAGUCUGAGCGGAUAAACGCAAUUGAGCAAUUCAUUGCAGACAAGCAAGUCAACGCGGCCCUCUUGACCCCAUCGAUGCUUGCCAUACUGGAUCCUGAUCGGGUACCUAGUUUAAAAACUGUUAUAUCAGGAGGCGAAGCGCUGACACGGCACGUUGCCAGUCGGUGGGCACCCCAUGUGACACUUUUUAAUGCUUAUGGUCCGGCUGAGACCAUAAUAUGCGCAGCAGGGCCAGUAGUCGAGGGGUCCUGGACACCAGGCACCGUUGGCCCUGUUCUAGGCGGAGCAGCAUGGGUGACUGCUCCCUCUGAUCCCACACGAUUGGUUCCCCUUGGUGCAGUUGGCGAGCUCAUCAUCGAAGGGCCAAUUGUCACAAGAGGAUACUUUAACAGCCAAGUGCUCACGCAAGCAGGAUACAUUGACCCUCCAGAAUGGCUCACCCGCUGGCGAAAUGGCCGCCCUGGCCGCCUCUAUCGCUCGGGCGACCUUGUCGAGCUUACUACCGAAGGGACAAUUCGGUUUGUCGGCCGCAAAGACACACAAGUGAAGCUGCGCGGACAGCGUAUAGAGUUAGCCGAGGUCGAGUAUCAAGUACGAAGCUGCACUGGAGGUUUAGAUUCGAUUGUCGACAUUGCAACGAUAGACAGCUCACCGACCUUAUUCGCCUGUAUUAUUCUUCAGGACAUGGCUGGUAGUAAAGGCGAAGGCGCACCCUUUCUUCCCCCCACAAGCACAUUCCAAAAGUCCAUGCAGGUCGCGGAGCUCUCUCUUCGCGACGCCAUUCCCAGAUAUAUGGUCCCCUCUAUAUUCCUUCCUAUUGCCAAGGCCCCUCAGACAGCUGGAGGGAAGGUGGACCGCAGAGCUCUUCGCAAGACUGUCGAAGCUCUUCUGCCCUCUGAAAUUCAGCGGUAUAUGACCGCUACACAGCGCAGCCACCGACAGCCAUCGACAGAAAAUGAAAAGGCGAUCCAUGCUAUCUGGGUUCAGGCUUUGAACAAAGCUGCCGACAUGGUGGGCGUUGAUGACAGUUUUUUUCAUCUGGGCGGCGAUUCGAUUAGUGCUAUGCAAAUUGUCUCUCAAUUAAAAGGUAUCGGGAUCCGCACCACAGUCGACCACAUCUUCCAACAGAGCACAAUUGCCAAGUUGGCAACAACAGUCACAAGUAGUAUUUCUAGUUCGUCAGAUUCCCUGCAAGAUGGAGCCCAUGAUACACCGUUCCGCCUAUCGGCGAUUCAACAGCUUUUCCUGGACCGAGUUCCGGUGCACUACAACCACUUCAAUCAGAGCUUCUUCUUCGAGCUUCGGCGGCCCGUCCAAGCUGCCAAGGUAGAGCAGGCAGUACAAUGGAUUGUACGUACUCAUUCUAUGCUGCGGACGCGGUUCUCUCGUAAUGCCGAGGGGAUAUGGUAUCAGACGAUCAGCAAGGAUGUGGACAAUUCUUACCGAUACGAAAAACAUGGGAAAAUGUCACAAAGGGACGCCGAAACCCUUUAUACGGAUCGUCAACAAGACUUGAACAUUGAAUAUGGGCCUUUGAUUGCUGUGGAUCUGAUGCAUAUCCACGGCGGCAAACAAUGGCUGUCCAUCAUGGUCCACCACCUCGUUGUCGAUAUUGUAUCGUGGCAGACUAUCCUGGACCAACUAGAGCGGCUUGUGGAAUCGAAGCCUGUGAGCCCACAAAGCGCCAUGUCCUAUGCGACAUGGGCUCGUCUCCAGGAGGAGCACAUUGUCUCUACCCCAGAGAUAAGAGACCAGGCUGUCCCGGCGGCGAUUAUGGAUUACUGGGGAUUGUCCGAAACCAGCAAUAAUUAUGCCGACGUAGAUCAGUACCAAAUAACACUCAAUCGUCAACAGACUAGUCAGGUUCUGGGGCCUGCCAACAAAGCCUUUAACACCAGGCCAGUCGAGCUGCUGCAGGCGGCGCUGAUGCAUGCGUUCAUGAAGACAUUCCUUGAUAGACCGACUCCGGCCAUCUUCAACGAAGGUCAUGGGCGCGAUCCAUGGGCGGACGAUAUUGACGUGAUCGGAACCGUUGGAUGGUUUACAAAUAUCUGGCCCUCUUAUGUGCCUCUGGGUCCCGACUGUGAUCUGAUGGAGGCGGUACGUCGAACUAAGGAUGGGCGACGCGACGUCCAAGACGUUGGGCGAUUCUACUUGGCAGCACGCCAGGGUCGGAUGACGGCGAUGGAGAUCACUCUCAAUUACGCCGGCACUUCAGAGGCAGCAGAAUCACCUAACUCGCCUUUUAAGCGGGUACCCUUGUCGAUUUCGACUCUUGUCAACCAGGGAUCGCAUGUGGGUCGUUUUGCCCUGGUUGAUAUCCUUGCCAAUGUGACCGAAGGAAGAUUGUCGAUUGACUUUCUAUACAAUCGGCAUAUCAAGCACGCAGAAGAGAUUGUCGGAUGGGCGGAAAGAUCCCGAGAGGCCCUGUCAACCCUGGCCCAGCGAUUUCCCACGAUUCCUCCUCGUCUGACCCGAUCCGAUUCUCGCCGGCAAGACCGUGGCGGAUGCGUCUGCAUUCCAUCUGAUUCGGACCGCCUUGGCAAUCUGGCUGGAUUCAUCCGCGAGGCGCAGGUAGAUUUUGCGCUAUUGACGCCUUCAGUCAUAGAUCGCCUGCUGCGACCGGAGCUAGUUCCAGGGCUUGAUACAAUUGCCUUUGGCGGUGAGGCAGUGACCCAGGAUAUUGUCGACCGUUGGUCGCCGAAUCGCAAGUUGAUCAAUGCAUACGGACCUGCAGAAGCAACAAUCUGUGCCGUUGGCGAUAUUAACCCCUGUUCUUGGACUGCCGGCACGAUAGGGCCCGUUAUUGGAGGUGUUGGAUGGGUCACAAUGCCGUCGGAUGUGUCUCGUCUUGCUCCCGUGGGUGCUGUAGGAGAAUUGGUGAUUGAAGGGCCGGUUGUCACUCGUGGCUAUCUAGAUGAUCCAGAACGAACAGCCGCAGCCUAUAUCAGUCCGCCGAGUUGGUUGACCCUAUUCCGGUGGAAAGAAAAGCCAGGUCGUCUCUAUCGCACCGGAGACUUGGUACAAUGUACCGACGACGGAGGGAUUCGAUUUUUAGGCCGAAAGGACACCCAAAUCAAGUUACGCGGUCAGCGCAUUGAGCUAUUGCAUGUUGAACACCACGUACGACAGUGCUUCAGGGAGGCGGCGGAUAUCAUCACCGACAUCGUUCUGCGUGAGGGGAUUCCUACACUGAUCGCGUUCAUCGCCCAGAUACCGUCUGAUGGUGGUGAGUAUGCUGAUAAUCCUGGCGACGCUUGUAACGGCUGCAGCUUGUUUCUGAAAACCUGCACAUCGUUUCGAGCGCACGUCCAGGCAGCGACCGCACACCUAAAAUCUCUAUUGCCCGCGUAUAUGGUCCCUGCCAUAUUCUUACGUCUCGCGUACGUGCCACGAACAAGAAGCGAUAAGUUGGACCGACAACAUCUUCGUGACCAAGCCUCCCGCCUUUCUAACGAUCAGAUCCAAGCCUUGUCGGCGAGUUCGGAAGUGCUAGAAGAUCAGGCCCGCGGUGCGCAGGAAUAUGCAAAUCUAACGGAGAUGGAGCCGUACUAUCCCGGGUCGCUGCUCAAUAUCAAGCCUGAAGAUCUUGGAGCCUUUGCUGUCCGCGAACUAGCUCCAAUUUGUCCAGCUUUAGAGGUCGAGGAUAUAGAAGACAUUCUUCCUACCACAGAGUUUCAACGUCAUUUCCUGAAACACUCCGAGAUUCGGUGGUUGCAGCUUCCUCUGCCGAUGGAGAUCGACUCUGCACGCCUAGAGAAGGCGUGCCAUGUUUUGGUAGAUCGACACCCCUUGUUUCGCUCUGUAUUUCUGCCAUAUCGCGGUGGAUACUUGCAGGUACUCCUUCGGCGUCUCCAGUUUCAACUCAUACAGAUCCGGUGUGAUGAGGAGCUUGACGCAUAUGUUGAUCGCAUUUGCUUGAGCAACUCCUCAGCCGGAGUUCCCUGGGGAACACCCUACUUCCAGGCUUUGCUCAUCACGAAAGCUCCGUCGAAUUCAGUCCUACUCAUACGCUGCAGCCAUGCCCAACACGACGGAGAAUCUAAGCCUUUGAUAAUCCAGGACCUUAUUUCGGCAUAUGAGAGAGGAGGACUGGACGAGGCCCCUCCUCCCUCAUUUGCGCUGUACUUGCGGCACCGCCAAAUGCAGGCGAAUCCGCACACAUACGAGUUCUGGAAGCAGUAUUUGCAGAACGGUACAAUGACUGCCCUCAGCCUCACAGGAUCAGACAGCAACCUGCCCCUUCAGAUCAACAGAACCAUUCCUCUUCCCACACCACCCCGUGGGAUCACCAUGUCAUCCCUCGUGAAGGCCGCCUGGGCUGUAGUUCUAGCUCAAGUCACCAAACAACGGGAUGUUGUAUUCGGCCACGCCUUAAACGGGCGCGACACGCCCAUUGCCGGCGUCCAUGCUAUUUCUGGGCCUUGCACGACUAUCUCCCCACUUCGAAUCACCAUUCGCCUGCCUUCCGAAAACGCGGUCCUCGAUCUUCUGCAUCAUGUGCAAGAUCAAUACACACGAGCCUUGCCAUAUGCUGGAGUAGACUUUGAGACAAUUCGCGAGCACUCGACGUCGUGGCCUGCGAAUGCAUCCUUCUGCAGUGUUCAAGUUCAUCAGAACGGCGCCGUCAUGCGCACGAGUUUCAAAUUCCACGGUCAUGACUGUGCUUUGGGAUAUCGUGUAAUAGGCGGCAUGCCAUAUUUUUUGGUGUCGACGAUCCCUGUGCAGGAUCAAGGGCAAUUGAAGGUCAGCAUGAUUAUCUCCAGUCGACUGGGGAGUUUGGAAGACGUUGAGGAUCUGUUGGGUCGAUACUGCUCGGCUAUAGCGGAUCUGGACCGUGGAGUGAUUCCUCUUUGAUCGGUUGUUAUGUAUACCGGGUAGAUCGAU